AUGGUUGAAGUUGAACCAAGUAGCAAGGUGGCUGCAGUGAAAUUAAAAUGGGUAUUGUGUUUCUGGGAAUCAGACUAUUGCAAAGCAGCAUCUUUUCUUGAUUCCUUGUAUUUGGGUGGUUCCCACUUGAGCAAAAGAAAGAAGAAAGAUGUUGCUGGCAACAUGAUGGACAGAAUCAGUGGAUUGCCGGAUGAAAUUCUUGUGAGUAUACUGUCUCUGUUGCCCCUAAAGGAAGCCCAAGCUACUAGUAUCCUUACUAGGAGGUGGCAGUAUGUGUGGGCGUAUUGUACUACUCUCAACUUUGAUGAUGAGAAGAAUUUAGUCAGAUUGCGCCUGUCGGACAGAGAAGCACUCGAAUUGGAAAUGUGUAGGUACGUCAAUUGGGUGGAUAGUGUGUUGAAACAGCAUAGAGCCUUAAACAUUGAGCGAUUCAGGGUUUAUUUUAAGCUUGAUUCUAGAAGUUGUAUUGAUAAAUGGAUUCAAUUUGCAAUGAGGAAAGGAGUUCAAAUGCUUGAGUUGGACUUUGUUUUUACUCUUUAUCUACAUCUUCCGAAAUACAGUUUUAGUAACAAACUGUUAGGUAUCAGCAAAACCUCUGCUUCGAAGUCCUUGUGUUCUGAAUACAUUGGUUUUAAGUGCCUCAAAGUUCUUGAUUUGAAAACUGUUGAUGUGGACCAAGAAGUUCUUGAGUACUUCAUGUCUAACUGUUCACUUCUUGAACGACUGACCGUGUAUGCUUCCUCGUCAUUGGUUAAUCUGAGAGUUGUUGGUCAAUUGAUUGCAUUGAAGUACUUGGUGAUAAAACGAUGUAAAAAUAUCAAAACCAUUGAGAUCUGUGAUUCAAACCUAGUUUCAUUUGUUUAUGACGGACCUGUGAGAAACUUGGUUCUUAGUAAUCUACCACUUCUUGUUGAGGUUUCCCUUUUUGGAUGGUUGGCACCCGAUUUCUUAGAGAUUGCCUUCUUACAACUGUCCUGCUGUCUUUCUCAACUGGAGAUUCUCAAACUCAGCUAUGCGUGGAGCAAAAUGGACCCUGUGAUUCCUUCAUUACCUAAUCUGAAGUGUUUGGAAUUACUGAAGAAGCUCCAGGAUGAAAAUGGUCCAGAUUUCGUGGUUGAGGUUGUUUCUCUGUUCUUUCAAGAUUCUGAGAAGCUUCUCAACAAUAUGGCCAGGGCUCUAGAGCAGAAUGUUGUAGAUUUCAAACAAGUAGAUGCCUGUGUGGCUGUGUCCAUCAAUUCAAGGGUAGCAGUGCGUGCUAUUUCCAAUUGUUGCGCUUUUCAGAAAACAGUUUCUGAUGUUGAGAUUGGUUUUUUUCCUGUUGUGCAAUAUUGUGCUGUGUCAGCUCUGGAGCACAAUGUAAAGAUAUAA